UUGCAACCAAAGAGGAUUGACUAACCUAGAGGCUCAGUUCUGGGGAUUUGAUAAAUUUACCUCCAACCGCUCAAAACCUUUUUUUUUAUUAUUUAAUUUUAUCAAUAACACACCUAUUCAAAAAAUCCAAGGUUGAGAUAUUCCUGACAUCAUGAUCAUUCCUGUUCGCUGCUUCACCUGUGGAAAAGUCAUCGGAAAUAAGUGGGAGGCGUACUUGGGACUUCUGCAAGCAGAGUAUACCGAGGGUGACGCUCUGGAUGCAUUGGGAUUGAAAAGAUACUGCUGUCGCAGAAUGCUGCUGGGGCACGUAGAUCUCAUCGAAAAAUUACUGAAUUACGCUCCUCUCGAGAAAUGAAAUGAACAUUGGAAUUGGAAUUCAUGUGAUUAUCUCGUUAUGACCUGAUCCAGUUUCCUCGUGAACUUUGAUCAUCGAUCAUUACAAAUUUUUAAUUUUACUCAUGAAAAACAAUUAAUUUAAGUGGCAUCGUCGUCAUAAGUCAUGUAGAAGUUCAUUUCAUGUUAUUUAAUUAUAUAAGAUUAUAUAAGAUCCUUUCAAUUAAAUUAUAAUAUGAUUGAUUUCCGGUGUUCAAGCGAUAAUUCUACAUACGAUAAGUUCUGGAGUACAUUAUUAAAAUAAAUCGCAAUCGGGUAAUAUCAAGGAUAAAGAAAAACACCAAUUAUAAGUUCAUCAUGUACUUUCAAUAUUAAAAAUUGUUCUCAACAAA